UUUCUUACUCCGGUGUAGUUUCCUCGUUUUGGAGGUUUGGUAAUUCGGUGCUGGCGAAGAUGGCAGAAAUUGUGAUCGGGGCUGCUGCCGGCGUUGCCGCACAACAGGUGUGGGAGUUAUUGAAAAAGUUGGCGGGCGCUCCUUCCGAGUUCCAACAGCAGUACAAGCGGCUGGAGAUACUGUGGGGAAGAUUACGAGUAAUGCUCGACCAACAGACGUCGAGGGAGACAGUGGCUGAGGAUCUGCUCCGUGAGAUGGAAAGGGGCAGAGUUCUCAUAAGCAAGUGUUCCCAAGUUCGCCACUGGAACCCCCUCAAGCGAGCCAUCUACUCCAAGGGACUGGAAGAGCUAGAAAAAACGAUUCAGGGAUUCAUAGGGGCCGAGACGCUGGGGGUGGUUCUGGAAGUGAAAUCGAGCAUCAAGGCAAUGAACUGCAACUUGGAAAAGGUGGUAGGUGGGGGAGGUUCUGUUGCUGCUGCUGCUUUGCCUCCUCUCCCUGCAGAGGUGUUUGGGAUAGAGGAGCCUCUGGGGGAGGUGAAGAGGAGAUUGAGGACGCAUCGGGUGGUCUGCGUUUGUGGGAUUGGUGGGUGCGGAAAGACCACCUUGGCGAACAAGCUCUGCAGGGAAGCAGAUAUCAAAGAUGAAUACGAGAAACUCAUCUUUCAAUCGGUUUCUCACUCGCCUGAUCUGGAAAGGAUCUGUCGAGGACUACUUGAGAAGUUGCAUGUAAAUGUUGGCACAUUCGUGAACCAACGGGAUGCAAUCAACGAGCUUGCAUCUUGUCUGAGGGGAAGAACGGAGAAGGUGCUAAUAGUCUUGGAUGAUGUUUGGAUCGACGACGAGGGCAUCAUCAGGGAUCUGGUGUCAGCAAUCAAGGGUGCAAAAGGUUCCAAAAUUCUCAUAACAUCAAGAACUGAACUCGAUAGUGUAUGUGAUUGGUGUCACACUAUGAACUUGCUGAGAGAGGAUGAUGCUAGAAAACUAUUUGAGCACCAUGCUUUCAAUGGAGUCGACCCUGAAAGAUCCUGGAAGCCAAAUAAGGACCUAAUAGACAAGAUAGUGAGAGGAUGCAAGCUUCACCCUCUAGCAUUGGAGCUGAUAGGAGGCUCUUUGGCGAAGAAAGACGGGAGGGAGUGGCAAGAUACAGCGAAUAGACUUGAACAGACUGGUGGGAUCAUGGAAAAGAUAAUCACGGAAUGCUUCUCCACCAGUCUUACACCGUUGACGGAGGAAGAACGCGAGUGCUUCUUGGACUUCGGCUCUUUUCCGGAAGACCAGAGGAUCCCUGCGAGCGCAAUCAUAGACAUGUGGACUGAAACACGUGACAUGGAUGAGAAUCGCGCUUACGUGAUUCUUCGAGAACUAGGCCGAAGAAAUCUUGUCAAACUCGUUGACAGAAAAUGUGGUGCUGCUGGAGAUCCAGAUGGGAGUAUAAGUAGUCUCUCUGUAUGUCAGCACGAUGUACUGAGAGAAUUGACCAUCCUCGAGAUGAAAAAGAAAGAUGCGAGCCAGAAUAAUACGAGGCUGAUCAUGGAAAAGAAAGAGGGCAACAUCCCAGAUACUUGGACGCGGGAAAAGAAUCGAACCAGCCAAGUAACGCUUGCCUCGAUAAACACUGGGGAAAUGAAAAGAUGGGACUGGCCAGAUCUAGACCUACCUAAUGCUGAAGUCCUCAUCCUCAACUUCGACUCAGCAACUUCCUACUUCUUACCACCAUUCCUGCAAAAUAUGAAGAAUCUCAAAGUUCUGGUUGUUGCCAAUCAUGGUUCCAACCGUGCAGAACUCGAUGGACUCUUCCUAUUGUCUUCUUUAAAUAAACUAAAGAGGGUAAUGUUUAGAAAGAUAUCACUGCCCGCUGAGCCACUGCGGAUGGUGGAAGAAGGAUCCCUAUUGUGGUCCAGAGUGUGGAAGUUUAGAGAAACUGUCACUUCCAUAAUAACAGGUGCUUCCCCUGUGCAGCCUCAGGAUCUGCAUAAGCUUUCACUAGUCCUCUGUGACGUUCGCCAUCUACUGCACAUCCCUUCAUUGUUUCCAAGUGUCAGGGAUCUGGAAAUAGAUUACUGCACUGACUUGGAUGAAUUGCCGGAUACCAUCUGCCACAUUUCCAGUCUGGAGAAGUUAAGCAUAACCAAUUUCCCUGACUUGCUUAGUCUGCCAGAGAGCAUUGAUAAACUGAGAAAAUUGAAAGUCCUGCGAUUGCAGGCCUGCGGGACAUUGGAACGCUUACCGCACUCGGUGAGCCAACUCUCAGAACUCAGGUUCUUGGAUAUCUCAAACUGUUAUAGUUUGGGUGUUUUUCCUGAAGAAAUAGGAAAACUGAGCAGCCUGGAGAAGAUUGACAUGAGAUCCUGCUCAAGCAUCAUGGACCUGCCUCCUUCUCUGGUGCAAAUGGAACGUUUGAAGAAGGUGGUUUGUGAUGAGGAAGUUGCUUCACUGUGGAUUUCUUGUGGAUUCGACCCCAGUAAGCUAGAAGUGCGCAGAGAGGAAAUAAACUUGAGAUUUCUGCAUGGAUAGUUUGUAACUUGGAAUCGUGAUUGUUGGUCGUUGUCUGUAGGCAAUGGAAGAAGUGACCUUGGCA